UCGUCCAUCCCUAGUUGAAGGAAGUAUCGGAGUAUCAUCUGGUAUCAUCGUGGAAAUAACUGAGUGAUACCGUGUGUCAUAGCCUCAAUUGUCAAUUUUUGGGUUAAUUACUAUGACAAAGUGUUUUGACGGAAGAAAAUGCUGAAACCGAGGGCUCUAACUCAGGUCCUGAGCCAGGCCAACACCGGGGGUGUUGAAAAUACUCUAUUACUCAGCCGAGAUGGAGGACUCCUGGCGUACAGUGGGUAUGGGGAUAAAGAUGCUAGAGUUACAGCUGCUAUAACCAGUAAUAUUUGGUCGGCGUAUGAGAAGAAUGGGAGAAAUGCGUUCAAAGAGGACGAGCUGCAGUUUGUUCUCAUGGACUGUUUGGAGGGAAAAGUUGUCAUAACAGAAGUAGCAAACCUCCUGCUAUGUCUCUACGCCAAGGAAAACGUUGGCUUUGGUCUCCUCAGGGAAAAAGCACAGGCACUCGCCAAGUACCUCGAUCAGCCCCUGAAAACCAUCGCCAGUAUGCCCUGAAUCCACCGACUCCCAUUUAACGACUGCAGUUUUUCCUAAAUACAUAAUUUUUUUCAUGUAUUUUGUAUCGGACUGUAUAUAAAACGAGCGUACGUUAAGCUUUAUUAAGAGAACAUGUUUUUUUUCUAACAAAGUGCAAGAAAUGGUAGUCACUUAAGUGGUCCAAAAGAUUGUACAAUAAAGUCUUUAUUUAGUCUUUAAAAUCACAACUUAUACAAACAAUUAAAAUUUCUUCAUAUACACCCUUA